CUCGUUCUCAUAGCACCUGACGAGAUUUCAGCGCACAAGCAUUCUCUUUCUAUUUUUGGAUCAUUCUUUAUCCGAGGCGAACGGACAAGAAGGAAGCUUCAAGAUUUUUUAUGAGUCAGAAGGUAGAAAAACCCUCUCUAUCAGGCCACCGUCUGAAAACUAGGAAAAGGGAUGAAAAGGAGAAAUACGAUCCUUCAUCUUUCCGUGAUGCAAUUAUACAAGGACUGACAGAGACAGGAAAUGAUUUAGAUCUGGUUGCAAAAUAUCUGGACUUGCAGGGAGGCAAGCUUGACUUCCGUCGUUACGCUGAUGUUUUAUUUGACAUCUUAUUUGCUGGAGGACAGCUAGCCCCUGGUGGAUCCAUUGUUGAGGACUCGACUGAUCCAGAAAAGCUCUUUAGAACAAAUGUUUGUGUGUUUGGAACUGAUGAAAGCAGAUUGAGAGAGUUUUAUGAGGUUUUUAAUAAACUACUGAGACGCUACAAGUACCUGGAAAGAUCUUUUGAGGAUGCCUUAAAGAAAAUCCUGUAUUUUAUGAAAGGAUUUAAGGAUGAUGAGAAACGCAAAUUGGCAAUCAUCACUGGUAUAUUCUUGGGAAAUGGUUUUUGCUCAGCCAAAGUUCUCUCCAGCAUAUUUGAAGAGCACUUGGUUAAAGAUGGAGUUUCACUGGAUUUUGCCGACGUGAUGUUUAAGACUUGGCUGGCAGAGAAGGAUAUGAGCAGCAUCAUAACCGCUCUCAAGAAAGCUUCACUGGAAAGUAGACUUCCAGAAUUGUUCCCAGUCAACAAGAGAGAUCAGGAGACAUUUGUGGCGCACUUCAAAAAAGUUGGCCUCGGUCCCAUUGCUGAUUUUCAGGAAACCCAGAGAAAUUAUCAAGUAAAGGUUGAACUCAAGAAGCAUGUCACAGAAAUGAUGAAAGAUGAAGAGCCUCCUAAAGAGAUGGUGGCUUACAUUCUUGAACACAUGCAGAAGCAUAAUCUCAAAGAACAAGAAGUAACCAUGUUGGUAUGGAGUACCAUUAUGGCAUCAGUAGAGUGGAAUAAAAAAGAAGAAUUAGUGGCAGAGCAGGCAUUGAAGCAUCUGAGGACAUACAGCCCACUGUUGGCCGCCGUAGCCAAGUCGGCCAUGGCAGAACUGUCACUACUGGUCAAGAUACAGGAAUAUUGCUACGACAACAUGAACUUUAUGAAGUCCUUUCAGAAGAUUGUGGUCAUGUUGUAUAAGACUGAAGUAAUACGAGAAGAAGUAAUCUUGAAAUGGUAUAAAGAUGCACACUCUUCCAAAGGAAAGAGUGUCUUCUUGGAACAGAUGAAGAAAUUUGUGGAAUGGCUGGAAAAUGCCUCAGAAGAGUCUGAAGAAGAUGAAGACUAACCCACCUAUUAUUCAGGGAUACUAAAGAUUUACUCUGCCUUGCAUCCUCAGUCUAUGCAGGCUCUCCUUUGUUCCUUCAUAGACAGGUGCUUCUCCAUUCUGAAUGAUCUGUGUGAAACCUCUAUAGCCCUUUAUCACCAUAGUUCAUGACAUUUUUUACAGGAAAGAUCUAUCAAUGUAAUGAAUAAGAACUCUAAAUUGUUUGAUGUUGUACAUAUAUUGUGGGUGAAAGGUGGCAAGUGUAGACUUCUUAAUUACUUUCUAGCAUACAUUGGAUUGUACAUGAAUAAAUACAACUAGAAUCAAAUAUUGAUACAGAUUUUUUGAUGUUAGCUUUUAUAUAUGUUCUUUUUUUCCAACUUUAUACUUCAGAAUAUCAUCUGUAAUUUGUCAUGUUUCAUAGUUGUACUGUUUUUGUACAAAAUCAAUGUUGAUGUAGCAAUAAUACUUUCUUUUGAAAGUGAAUUGAUAAAUAACAUGAAAUUGAUGUGUAAAUGCUUUUGAAGCAAAUCAAAAGAUGUAUUUUGUUUGUAUAUGUAUUGAUAAAUAAAUACAGGUCUCUUGUAAA